GGCUAAACCGGUCAUCGUGACGCUCGGAGACGCUUUCGUUCUGUAUCCGUGGGGUCUGUGGGAGCUGGCUACGUAAACAAAAGAGAUGGAAAGGUAACGGGAACAGGGCGCCCACCACGAGGAGGAGCAGGUACGCAGCAGAGGGUGAGCUCGCAGCCGCUACCGUCGAAUCGAUUCUGGAUCGAUUUACCUCACCUGUUGCUCCCUGCUGCUAAAUCCGAGAGGAGAGAAUGUCGGGCCGAUAGCGAGCGAGCUUCCACAGUCGAUCGGUACUCGAGAUCGGAAAUGGCGACGGAGAUUGAGAUGGGACGCGUCCAGGUCGACAACCCGGCGAAGAGCGCGGCGAAAAUCGAGUGGAACGUGGAUAUGAAAGUGACCGUGUCCAACGCGAAGCAGUCAAAGUUAUUCCAAAGAUCUCGCACAAUCGUGUUCUUCCUCUUAGCGAUCGUUUUCGCAGUCAUACUGUCCCAUUUGAGGACAGAAGUGCGCGCUUUGCAAGCACAGGUGCAAUCGGUAAACAUGAAUUUAUUGUUGUUAAUGUCUAAGUACGAUAGGCUAAAUAGGAAUUUAAAUCGAGUCUCGGUCCGACGAUUCGAAAAGCUGCUCGUUAAUAAAAGAUCACACGACGCUGAAAGGCUUUUGGAAGAUACGACUGAAAACCUCGACGAAGUUCGAAACGAGAGUUCCCGCGCGUACAAUCGCGCACUUCCGCAUUUAAAUUCAAUAAGGAGUUCCAAAGAGGAUCAUACGAUACGAGACCAAGUUUACGAUGAUGGAAACGGAAAUGAAAACGAAAAUACAGUCUCGAGAUCAUUGAGAAAGUCUGAGGAUAACGAAAGUAGCACGAGGAAUAAUAAUUUACGUAUUGAGAGGGCGAUACUGGCGAUAGAGAAUGAGAAUGCAACGACGGACAAGGAGAUUCGAUCGAGUCGAGAGAUGAUCGCCGAUGAUAAUACGACUACGAAUUACUACGACAACGUUGACGAUGACGAUGACGAUGACGACGACGAAUUACGAUUAGGUAUGCAGAGAGAACCCCGAUCCGGAAGAUCAAAAAGGGACGAGGGAAGAGGUAAAAAACGGGGAAAGAACAAAAGGCGGCCCAAACGCAGUCACAGGCGAUUGGGACCUUUGGUAGCCACUUUCGUUGGCGCGAUCCCAGAACAACACGUGACGGAUACAGUGUUCAUUGGCCCGUGGGUAAGGAGCACCAAGAACGACACGCAAUACAGCUUGAACAAGUUUCAUUUGGUAGAAGACAAGAGAUCCAUCGAAGUUACACAAACUGGUUUAUACAUGAUCUCUGCACAGGUAAUGCCUCGACCGCUGGUUUUACCGCUACCCGUUGUUCAUGCUCGCGCGUUUUUUUUUCAGAUUUUCUAUUUUGGUGAACCGACCAACUAUUCUUAUUGGAUACUAUUGAAUUCCGAGGGGAAAUCUAAUACGGAGAAGCUUGUAAAAUGCUCGACAGCGUCUUCUACCUCAGCCACGGAAGUCUCUUGUUAUACGAGCGUGAUAACUCCUUUACGGAGGGGCGACAGAGUUCACAUACAGCAGCAGGAGAAGGGCAGAUUGAUCAAUAUGCGAGAAGGACACAGUUACGUACAACUCGUGCUACUUUCGAAGACCAUCCGCAAGAAGCGUUUACGAUGAACACGUGCAAUGGAAGUGUACGUUACGAAGCUAUAGCUGUGCCAUGAACAAUGAGAGGUAAAUACCUUGAAUGUGAUCUAGCGCUCUAAUUUAAGAAAAUUGAUAAAAAGUGAUAUCUUUAAGCUAGCAUCGUAUUAUUACAGUUCUCGCGACUCAUGCGAACGGAAUUCCUUUUUUUACCAUUUUUGUUAUACGGUCAAUAUUUUUAUAUUGUAAUUUUAAGUUGUAUUCGUGUACAGUGAUACUUAAAACCCGCAUAAUGAACGGAUCGAUAGUAGAAUUAAUUUUGUACCAUAUCUGAGAAAUGUUAUUUUCGUAAUAUUUUACGUUAAUACUUGUACUUCCGUAUAUAUUUAGUAUGUUUAAGAUUGAAACAAACUACAAAUGUGAUGUUACGUUUUAAGACACAGAAAUACAAAGAUUCAAUAUUAUUGUAUUGCACAUACGUCUGUAGA